UCACACACUCUCAUUCCUCAACAUUCGCUCAAGUAAUAAACAAAAUAUUGCUGAAAGUUGGUGUCGAUCAUUUAUCAACAUGGGAGUCCAAGGAUUGAAGACAUUCAUUGAAAGCAGCAACAGAAAUGAUUUAAGGAGCUGGGCUUUUAGAGACAAACGACUAAUAAUUGAUGGAUGUAACUUAUAUUAUAUGCUGUACUUUGACUGCAGUCUGGAUCAGAUGCAUGGAGGAGACUAUGAUGCUUUUGAAAAGCUGGUCAUACAGUUCUUUGAGAACCUCGCAGCCUGUGACAUUAGCCCUUACGUUGUACUUGAUGGCGGGGCCGACCACACAGACAAAAAAUUUGACACUGUCAUGAAAAAAAACCAGCAGAGAAUAAAAGAGGCCUAUGCCCUGUCGAUGGGGAAGAGAGGGAGACUCCUUCCUACGCUCAUUAAAAAUGUGUUCAGACAGCUCCUUCAUAAGCUCAAGGUACCACUGGUUCAGUGUCUUGAAGAGGCUGAUUGGGAAAUUGCUGCCUUGGCUAAAGAGUGGAAUUGUCCUGUUUUGUCCGACGACAGUGACUUCUAUAUAUUCAACCUCAGAGCGGGAGUCCUGCCAAGCACACAUUUCCAGUGGAAAAAAGUGAGAGUGGACAAACGGACAAACAAAAAAAUCAUCCAAGCCAAACACUUCACAUUGGGAAAAUUCUGUACAUCUUUCAAAAUGAAUGCUGACCUUCUGCCAAUCUUCGCUUCCAUCUUAGGCAACGAUUAUGUGAAGUUGCAAAAUAUCAAGUACCCGAAUUGGGAGAAGUACUCGGUACCCGGCAUGAAAAAUGCUCGUAUUGAUGGGAUGCUUAACUGGUUAUCCAAGUUUCCAGGGCCGGAAGAAGCUGUAAGUGCCUUGCUGAAAUUUACAGACAACAAAGAAAAAGCCAUCGUCCAAGAAGCACUUUUGAUGGGAAUCAAAGAGUACAAACUCAUCCCUGGCUCUCUUGCCCCGUUCUUCGACUCAAAGGUGAUUCCACAGUCAGCUUUGACAGGUCCUCUGCAAGUUCUGCCUAAAUGGACCUUGAAGCCUCUACUUGAGGGGAGGAUGUGCUCCUCCAUUAUCGAUGUACUGUUACACCAAAGGGUUUCCUUAAUGCCCCAGGUUGAAAAUUUUCAACUCCCUAGUAGCAGUGAAAUCUCUCGUCCCAUACGCCAGGUGAUUUACGGGUUACUCUUGUUGGGAGGACAACAGACAGCAAAUAAACAAGCGUUAGCCGAUAAAGCAGGCACUGGCACAAGCAAGCGCUAUGUAGAGGAAUACGGCAGACAACAGUUAAGACUAAGCAAUCAGAAGGUUGAAGCCAUACAGACCAAGGUGAUGGAAGGACUUCAACUGGAAACAUUAUACAAGGAACCACAUGACGUGCGACUUCAGGUAUUCCUUGACACUUUGGGUGUGUCGCCCGCAAUGUUAAGAGGGAUCCCACGUGCUCUACAGCUGCAAAUGUUUGUGACCCGUUACUGGCUUGUAAACACACAACCUCAGCCGUGCCAAGUGCAUCUUUGGGGGCUGCUACUGGGAAUGGUCAAUGGAACGCUCAGCAGAACGCCUAAAACAGAAAGCGACAUGCUGUUGAGACUUAAAAAACUCCAAAUUGGUCAAGGAAAGCUGGAAGAUGACUUCUAUUUGGAAGAUGAAGCAGCUCAUCUAUACAGCCAGUGGCAGUCGUGCCUGAAGUGGAGUGUCAAUCUCAAUCGUUUACUGUUGGAUCCGCUAUUUGAACCAGAGUGUGCACGUUUGUACCGUGGAACACUGGUGCACCAGGCUGUUGGAGAGCUCAGGAGAGGCAUCGCUCUGGAGUCUCUGCUGAUGAGGGGCUCAGGCGCUGAGCAACUCUUCAAACAGCUGAAGGAUGCAAUCGUGAGCUUAGUGGGUGAAGACUUCAUCAAGAAAAUGAAAACUGGGCUCGAGAAGAGAGAUGCUGGGAAAACACAGAGUGCCUGCAAAAGCCAGAAUCAGCCUAUAGAUGAUCUGAGCAGUUGCUUUGAACAUCUGAUGGUUGAGGAUAUUGAUGACAAUUAAUAUGAUGAUCUCAAUGGGUGGAAUAAGGCCAAGGGUCACAAGACGGAGAUCUCUGACCGUCCCUACACUGCCCGUACCAGACACAAGGCUAAAGUCCGAAAUGCUGAUAAUCCCUCCAAGAAAUCUGAGAGGAUAUGCUAUAACUGGUAAAAAAUAACAAAAAAGCAUUAGUUUGCAGUAUUGCACUUACAAUGGAAAGGGCCAAGGCAUUGCACCAGAAUGAAUGUUAAAAUGAUAUAUGUUCACUGUAUGAUAUCAGAAUCAAGUCAUGCACAAUCCUAUUUUUGCUAUCUUGUAUUAUUUACUGCAUGACUUUGCUUUUCUGAUUUAAAUUAUAAUUACUUGAUUAUAAGAUAUUUGUAGCUGUUGGACAUUGGUAUC